ACUUAAGAUUCCAUAUAUAAUUUUGUGAAGAGAUCAAUUGAGGUGUGAUCAUGGAAUGCAAUCGUAGUUCGUCGUCAUCUAGGGUUGACAGAAGAACCAUUGAGAAAAACAGAAGGAUUCACAUGAAGGCUCUUUACUCACAACUCCAUUCUCUUGUUCCUCAUGAUUCUUCUAGGGAAGAGAUAUCACUGCCAGAUCAACUACAAGAAGCUGCAAAUUACAUAAAGAAAUUGCAAAUAAAACUGGAGAAAAUGAAUGAAGAAAAGGAUAAUUUGAUGGGAAUCAAGAAACUGGAAAGCAUUCGAGAUGAAAAGGAAAUAAAAAGCUCGAAUUUGUCGGUGGGGCAACAAAGAACGCCUCAGAUUGAUGUUCGUGAAAUCGGCUCAUCUCUUGAAGCAAUUCUAAUCACGGGGGUCGAUUUUAAGUUCUUGUUCACUGAAACAAUACGUGUAAUUCAUGAAGAAGGCUUCAAUGUCGUCAAUGCCAGUUUCUCGAUUCUUAACGAUACAGUCUUUCAUACCAUCCACGCUCAGAUUGGAGAGAGUUAUGAUCAAGAAAAUGGUGUUUCAAGGAUCAUAGACAGAUUGAAUUGUCUUGUGUAUGACAUUUGAUGCAUAGUGUAAUGCUUAGGUUUUUUGCCCUAAAAUUGUGGCAAGAUUUUUAGUUCAACUAAUAUUAUGUAUGGUUAGAAUUCAAUAUCUUGUUAUCAAGACUAGUAGUUGGAUUAUAUCUUUAUCUUGUAUCAAAUUAUUU